GGGCUGUCAACCCCCAAAAAACUAGGGUUUUAAAAGGUUUCUUUUUUAUCUUCCUAUCUUCCUUCGCCAGUCUCUCUAUUCUCUCUUGCUUGCGAAGAUGAGCAGCGACAAGGACAACAACUUGAACAUGUCUGCCGCUCUUAACGAGGAGGAUCGAGCGGGGCUUGUCAACGCUCUUAAGAACAAGUUGCAGAAUUUGGCUGGACAACACUCAGAUGUCCUUGAGAACUUGAGUCCUGCUGUCAGGAAGCGUGUUGAGGUUCUUAGAGACAUUCAGAACCAACAUGAUGAAAUCGAAUCAAAGUUUUUCGAGGAGAGGGCAGCUCUAGAAGCUAAAUAUCAGAAACUGUAUCAGCCUUUCUAUACCAAGCGAUUUGAGAUUGUCACCGGUGUGGUUGAAGUUGAAGGUGCACCAGAAGAAGUAAAAACUGAACAAGGAGAAGACAAAGCUGCUGAAGAGAAAGGAGUGCCUGAUUUCUGGCUUAUUGCAUUAAAGAACAAUGAAAUUACUGCUGAGGAGAUAACUGAGCGGGAUGAAGGAGCUCUCAAGUAUCUCAAAGACAUCAAGUGGAACAGGGUUGAAGAACCAAAAGGGUUCAAGCUCGAGUUUUUCUUUGAUGAGAACCCUUACUUCAAGAACACUGUCUUGACCAAGACGUAUCACAUGAUUGAUGAAGAUGAGCCUAUCCUUGAGAAGGCCAUUGGGACGGAGAUUGAGUGGUAUCCUGGAAAAUGUUUGACUCAGAAGAUCCUAAAAAAGAAGCCAAAGAAGGGAUCCAAAAACACAAAGCCGAUCACUAAGACUGAGGAGUGUGAGAGUUUCUUCAACUUUUUCAGUCCCCCUCAAGUUCCUGAUGACGAGGAGGAUCUUGAUGAUGACAUGGCUGAAGAACUCCAAGCCCAAAUGGAGCACGACUAUGAUAUAGGAUCAACCAUUAAAGAGAAAAUCAUCUCGCAUGCGGUGUCAUGGUUCACUGGGGAAGCCGUUGACCCAGAUGACCUUGAGAUGGAUGAUGAUGAGAUUGAGGAAGAUGAUGAUGAUGAGGAGGACGAGGAAGAUGAUGAGGAGGACGAAGAUGAUGAUGAUGAGGACGAGGAAGAAGAACAAGGAAAGAAAAGCAGAAAGAAGUCAUCAGCUGGGCACAAGAAGUCUGGAAGAAGUCAGCUUGCGGAAGGUCAACAAGGUGAGAGACCACCCGAGUGUAAGCAGCAGUGAGGAGUUGCGCUUAUUUAUGAAGAAGAGAAGAAAGAAAAGAGUCUGGUCUUUGUGAGACGAGGUCGUGUUUCUUAAUAUGGGGAGAAUCAUGGUCUUAGUUUAUAUGAUUCAAGUAUCAAGUUUUGGGUGGUCGUUUUUUUUGUUUUUUAAACAAAAUUGUUCUUUGGUUUGGUUUGUGUCUUAUUUUUUAUUUUGUAAUGUGUGGUCUCAAUGAACUGGUCUGAAUUAUUGUCGAUUUGGUCAAAUUUUUACCCAAUUUAUUCCCAUAAUCAUAAAAUGCUG